ACUCGGAAGCAGCGGCUGCCUCCAGACACUCUCAAGAUGGCGACCUCUCUGGGUUCCAACACCUACAACAGGCAGAACUGGGAGGAUGCGGACUUCCCCAUCCUGUGCCAGACGUGUCUUGGAGAAAACCCGUAUAUCCGAAUGACCAAAGAAAAGUACGGGAAGGAAUGCAAAAUCUGUGCCAGGCCAUUCGCAGUGUUUCGCUGGUGCCCCGGAGUCCGCAUGCGUUUCAAGAAGACUGAAGUGUGCCAAACCUGUAGUAAAUUGAAGAAUGUCUGUCAGACUUGCCUCUUGGAUCUGGAGUAUGGCCUGCCCAUCCAGGUUCGUGAUGCAGGGCUGUCUUUUAAGGAUGACAUGCCAAAAUCAGAUGUCAACAAAGAGUACUACACACAGAAUAUGGAGAGGGAGAUUUCUAACUCUGAUGGGACACGGCCAGUUGGCAUGCUGGGGAAAGCCACAUCCACCAGUGACAUGCUGCUCAAACUGGCCCGGACCACACCCUACUACAAAAGGAAUCGACCCCACAUUUGCUCCUUCUGGGUGAAAGGAGAAUGUAAGAGAGGAGACGAAUGUCCAUACAGACAUGAGAAGCCUACAGAUCCAGAUGACCCCCUUGCUGAUCAGAACAUUAAAGACCGAUAUUAUGGAAUCAAUGACCCUGUGGCAGAUAAGCUUCUAAAGCGGGCUUCAACAAUGCCUCGUUUGGACCCGCCAGAGGACAAGACUAUCACCACACUAUAUGUUGGUGGUCUGGGCAAUACCAUUACUGAGACAGACCUAAGAAAUCAUUUCUACCAGUUUGGGGAGAUUCGGGCGAUCACGGUGGUGCAGAGACAGCAAUGUGCUUUCAUCCAGUUUGGCACAAGGCAGGCUGCUGAAGUGGCUGCGGAGAAGUCCUUUAAUAAGCUAAUUGUCAAUGGCUGUCGACUUCAUGUGAAAUGGGGAAGGUCCCAAGCAGCCCGAGGAAAAGAAAAAGAGAAAGACGGAACCACAGACUCUGGCAUCAAGCUGGAGCCUGUGCCAGGCCUGCCAGGAGCUCUUCCCCCUCCUCCUGCAGCAGAGGAAGAAGCCUCUGCCAACUACUUCGACCUGCCCCCCAGUGGCCCUCCAGCUGUGGUGAACAUCGCCCUGCCGCCACCCCCUGGAAUUGCCCCACCCCCAGGUUUUGGGCCACAUAUGUUCCACCCAAUGGGACCACCUCCUCCUUUCAUGAGGGCUCCAGGACCAAUCCACUAUCCUUCUCAGGACCCUCAGAGAAUGGGAGCUCAUGCUGGGAAACACAGCAGCCCCUAGCACAUUAUCACCAUUCUGGGGCUCUACAGAAGACAGGGCGCUUAAAAAUCCCAGUAAACGAAUCUUGGAAUAAAUAUAUUUUUCCUUC